UGUGUCUACUGUGUCAGGCCACUUUUGGGCAGAAAGGAGUUUUCUGUAGGAGAACAUUGCUGAGUGCAUGUCUGGGGAUGUCACUUGCAACUGGAUGACUUGACAAUGCUGCAAUGCCAGAAUGAGAGAUGAGGUGAAGCCUGGAAUUAUUUUCAUGGAGUUAGCAAGCAGCGUUGAGCUUGAAGGAUGUUUCAGUUCAUAUACGUGAUGAACUUUAUUUAAGUGUAGAGAUGCCCUUAUUCAUUGUGGAGAUGAGUUGCAGCCUGAUUGGCUGGCUCUUUCUGUACUUGUUGCUGUGUCAUUUAAAUAGUGAGAGAGAUAAGGAGUGGAACUGCAGACUGGUAACUCUGCUCCAUGGCAUCCUGAUUGUAUGUGUGACUGCCUAUAUUGGGUUCAUUGCUGGGCCAUGGCCGUUCACACACCCAGGUACUGAAAACACAUCUCUCCAGAUCCUGGCUCUGGUCCUCAGCCUGGGAUACUUCCUCUUUGACAUGGCUUGGUGUGUGUACUUCCGCACGGAGGGUCCAGUGAUGCUGGCCCACCACACCAUGAGCAUCCUUGGGAUCCUGCUUGCUCUGGGAUUGGGCGAAUCAGGCAUCGAGACCUGUGCAGUUCUCUUCGGCAGUGAGAUUACCAACCCGCUCUUGCAGGCCCGCUGGUUUCUGAAGCGUAUGGGCCUCUAUGACAGUUUAGCUGGAGAUGUGGUGGACCUGCUCUUCAUUGUUCUGUUUGCCUCGGUGAGGAUCUGUGUUGGGAGCAGAAUGCUGUACUGUGAAUUAACCUCUCCAAAGCCAUCACUAAUCAUGAAAGUAGGUGGGGUGGCUAUUUACUCCCUGUCAUGGAUCUUCAUGGUAGACAUUGCACGCUUUGCCUGCCGGAAAACUCAAGCCAAAUACAGGCGAUGGAAAGAACAGCACAAAUUUGAUGAUACCAAUGGACAUGCUUCUAAAGUGCAAUAGAUAAUUCUGCAUUUGGGCUGAAACAUUUUGUAUAACUGAUUUAUGUGUAGUAGGUAGACCUUAUUAACACAAAACCAAACCACAGUGCACAAAAAACAACUGUACAGAAACAUACACAUUUUGGUUAACACUUUACAACAAGAUUGAUUUAUUAACAUAUGUUAAUGCAUUAGGCAGGGCCUAAUGAUACAAUCUUGUGGGACACUUGUAUGUUUAGGGGGGCAAUGUUGACAGUUUCAAGGUCAGUCUGUGGGGCAGAAUCAGAAGAAUCGGUAAAUGUUUAGAAGUAGUAAGUGCAUUAAAAGUUAGUUCAUGUUAACAAAUGUAUUUAUUUAAUGUUAACAAAUAAAACCUACCUGUAAAGUGCUAAAGUGCUGAUUUUAGUGUUUCUAGAUUUGUCCAGCCAAUAUUUUA